AUGAACAAACCACGCCCCAGCACAUCCCCUCCAACGGGGCGGGGCACCUCCAAGCCACAUCCCUUAUCAACGAACUGGGGAGGGACCUCCGCUAAGCCCCGCCUUUAUCCAGAGACGGGAGGCAUCGCCAGGCCACGCCCCCUGCGCUGGGCGGGGCCGCGGGGAAACGAAACCGGAGCGCGCAGGGCGAGGGCACCCGGUACUAGGUCGUGGUACCCUCGAACCCCCGGUACCGGUACCCCCGGCACUCCCCUCACUCGGCACUCCCGCACUCGGCUCUGCCGAGCUCGACCGGGCCCCCACCCACACGGCUUCGACCCGCUGGCACCCAGGGUGCCCACCAUGAUGCCCUGGCUGCCCCUGGUGUGGCUGGUGGCCACCACCACAGCCACCAUCACCCCGGUGCCAGCGCCGGAGGCCUCUCCCCCUGUACUGAAGCUGCUCCGACUGCCCUCGAUGCCACCGGUGUCCCCUGCUCCUACGCCAGCCCCGACAGGGGAUGUGGGGGUGCCGGUUGUGCCCAUGCCCACCACCUGUGCCCACCCCACAGAGCUGCCCAGCUUGGAAACCCCUGUCCCCGAGGAGCUGGGCACUGCGGCCAAUGUGACCAUGGCAGCACCCGGCAUCACCCAGACCCCUGCUGGCACCGCCGUCCUGCCAUGUCCUGGUGAUGAGGAGCCGGCCGAGCGCUGCACGGCACCCACGGCAGAGCAGCAGGUGGCCGUGGCCGAGGCACUGGGCACCUUCGCCCUCCGCUUCUACCAGCGCAUGGCAGAGGCAGCCCAGCCCGAAGCCAACCUGCUCUUUUCCCCCAUCAACGUCGCCAUGGGGCUCUCGCAUCUCCUGCUGGGCGCCCGCGGUGACACGCGUGAGCGCCUGGCUGCCCUCCUGGCAUACCCGCCGUCGCUGAGCUGUGUGCACGGUGCCCUGCGGCGCCUCGCCAGUGCACCCAGCUUCUUCUCAGCUGCACAGAUAUUCCACCACCCAGAACUGCGCCUCCGGCCCCGCUUCCUCAACGAGUCCUGGCACCUGUACGGCGCCUACCCGCGUGCCCUGAGCGGCAACGAGAGCCUGGACGUGCAGUGCAUCAACUCCUGGGUGCGCGAGGCCAGCCAUGGGGCGCUGCCUGUGCUGCUGCACACGCUGCCCCCUGACACCCACCUUGCACUGCUCAGUGCCGUCCACCUCCGCGCUGCCUGGCAGACACCACUGGACCCCAAGAAGACGAUGCUGCUGCCCUUUCUGCGCCCCGGCCGCCUGCCCCGCCUGGUGCCCACCAUGACCAGCAAGAAGUACCCAGUGGCCUCCUUCACUGACCCCCGCCUGCAUGUCCAGGUGGGUCGGCUGGAGCUGAGCGGGGGGUUCAGCCUGGUGGUGCUGGUGCCACUGGGUCCCCCUGGGGCGCUGGGGCCCCUGGAGCAGGCGCUGGACCCCCCCACCUUCCUGGCGUUGCUGCAGCGUGCAGCACACACGCCCCCGCGACCCACCGCCCUGGCCCUGCCGCGGCUGCGCCUUGACGUCACCGUGGAUGUGGUGGCCCUGGUGCAUGACAUGGGUAAGGCCACUGCCACGAUGUCGCCGUGUGCACAGGUGGCAUGCAGUGAUGUCGCUGCCUGUGAGCUGUCACCAGCCCUUGUGCAGCUCCCUGUCCCCAGGGGGACCAGUGUCCCCAAGAACCUCAAUGUCCUCACCCCAAUGUCCCCAGGGAUCCCAGUGUCCCAAAUGUCCCUAGUGAUUCCAUGCCUUUGGUGUCCCUGCUGUCCCCCUGUCUCCAGUGCUCAUGAUGUCCUCCUCGAACCCAAUGUCCCCAUAGCUGUCUCUGGUGUCCCCAGUGUUCCCAAUAUUCCCCAUCUCCCCAGUGUCCCUCCCAUCCCUGAGUGUCUCCCAGUGCCCCCUUGCCCCUGAUGUCCCCAGCAUCCCUGGUGUGGGCCCCAUGUCCUCCACAUCUCCAAUGUUCCCAAGGCCCCCAUGCCUGCCAUUCCCACAAUGUCCCCAUCCCCCUGUCCCCAUGGUGUCCCUGUCCCCCCCAUCCCCUCAAUGUCCGCAUCUCCAUGGUGUCCCCAUGCCCUCCUGUCCCAAUGGUAUCCCAGUCCCCCCAGUCCACAUGGCAUCCCCAUCCCUUCACGUCCCUGUGUCCCCAUAUCCCCACACUGAGGUCACUGCCACAGACUUUGGGCUGUUCCUGGACGCGGAGCUGUGCGGGCUAGCGUGGGGUCCGGCUGUGGCGGUGGAUGCUGCAC